UUGAUGUGGUGCAGCCUUCCUGUACUUCUUGCUGCGGUAGCUGGUUUGGCUGUGAUGGAGCAGACUACAAGGGAAACAUUAGAGGGCCCCUGUCUCUCUCCACUCAAGAUUUCAAGACUUCUCAAGAAGCCACCACUCAACCGAUGAAAUGGUCCACUUUUGUGGAUCCUGAACCAGUGACUGAUGUCAACCAGGACUCUUCCCCCACUAAUGGAACAGAGCAUUGGACAACGGAUAUAGGUAGUAAUGAAACAGAGGUGUCUGAAGUCACAUUGACCUCAACUACAGCCACUAACGCUUCAGAGCUGAGUGGAUAUGUCCAUCCAGACGUCAAGGUGAAAACCAUGACUCUGCCAUCCAGUACUUUGACUUCUACAAAGAAGCUACCAAUGAGCCCCUAUCCGGUGACCACAGCUUCUCCAUUUGUGACAACUACAAAGAAAGCUAAUGAAUCAAUCUCUUUGAAACCAACCAUUCCCUUUGUUAGCAAAAUCAUCAAGACAACCACCAGAAGUAACAACAGGCUUACAAUUGCUCAGGUUACACGUAAAAAAAUUAGUCUUGUUGCCCAGUGUCUCAUAGCCAUUGCUAUUCUAUCAGGGGUCUGCACUGUCUUUGUCAUAUGCACUGUAGUCCUUUGUACUAAGCUUUCAAGUCAAAGACAGAACUAUAGGGUUAACCGGUCAAACGGCACUGAGCUGAUCUGCAUUUCUGCUCUUUUGCCCGAAGAUGAAAGGAAACUGCGGAGACAAAUGAAGGCAAAACGACUUCGAAAUCUCAGAGAGACCACAAUUGGUCAGAAUAGUGACAGUGAUGACGAUGACCUUACCCUCCAUAGCUUUGUGACUGAACAUUAGACCUUUCCAUUAAGCUUCAGACGCAAGCCUCUCCUCCUGGUCUCUCAAUGAUGAAGUAACAACAUUUGGAUCGAUUGUAAGCUGGUGAAUUGAGUCUCUUGCUUUGGUUAAUGAGCAAGUGUCUCUGAGGAUGUUCCAUGAUUGAAGACUGCUCUUCAUCGCAUAUUUGAACUCUUCAGAUCUACAGAGAUUCCUCUACUGUUUGUAAAGCUAUAGCCAUAAGCUGAGUCCUGACUCCAUCCACUGAUGUCUAUAAAGAGUGUUGUGCUUAUGUCGCUACAUAAAAGACAAUACAUUUUUAAGACUUUGUAUAUACACUUAUUAAAAUAGAAAUGUCGACUUGCUUUGUGUGCUGCACUUUGAAGGGUAAGCUAGUUGGAUGCUGCAAAAUUCUAAGGUCAAAAAACAAAGCGGUAUAAUUGGAAAUUAGGUCCUAACAUCUGCCUGAAGGAACCUGCCAAACUUCAGAGCUAACAUCAAACGCUUGAUGUGUUUCUGGUGCAAAAUUAUACAAUCCAGUCAUCCACACGGUUGAUUCUUAACACCACGGCUGAGGACAGCACCCUGGUAAUUCGGUGUUGCGUUGCUAAAUGACACUUGGUCACUAAUUUCACAGUGGCUAGAAUUAAGAAGGCUUUUUAGUAAGGUGAAAAGAGAAGAACUCUAGUUGUAAAGGCACUGGUCGUUGAUUGAAAAUAAAUGCGAAGAGUAAUCAGAGAACGGAACAGAUGGUUUAUCUUCUGCUAAAGGAUGUAGUUAAAGGAAGUAAUUAAUUGAGAGCAAGAAUAUUUUACUCAAAGUAAGAUACAGGACUAGGGUUAGAGUAAGGGUCACAAUUAGUUUUGGAUUGCACUAACGAAGGGUUGGAACAAAUGGCCUCCUUCUACAGCUAACUGAAUAAAUAGGUUUAGAUUGGAUGGGGUUAUUGAGGACCAUCAGGAAGGGAAUGCAAUAGUUACUUUCUUCUCCACAAGAAUAACCAUCUUUAAAAAGCAUUGCCUCAAAUGGCCAUGCUGCCCAUCAAUGCCCUCUAACAUUGGCACCAGCAGAGUUUGAAGGCUCAGUGAGGUAACAUUGUAUUAGUAUUGGAAGAUCACGUACAACAUCAGACAGUUCUUUCAAAGAGCCAGCACAGGAUAAGACAGACCAAAUGGCCUUCCUUCAGUGCAGAUUAACUGAGAAGAUAAAUAUAGAAAUAAGAAGUAAGAGAAUUUCCUCAAUAUAAGAGGAGCCUGUGGCAGCAUCCAGGAAUUGUCUGUGUAGCUGGAUGUGUAAAAUUUCAAAGUGGGGCUUUUAGCACUUUUUCCAUAAUACUUAGCUGGGUGAGGAAGAGGCUGAUGAUCAAACACAUGUUUUGUUCCACUGAAGAAUACGUUUAAAACCGAAGGUUUGUGUGAACUGUACUGUAUCGUCUGACAUCACCACAGAGCAGAGAGGCUUCCGGUAGUUUUACAAGUUCCAACUGUACUGUAAAAGUUUACAUUUUCCUUUAGCUUUUUAUCAGCAAACUGUAUGACAGUGGACAAAGUGGAAUCCUCAGCCAUUUCUAAAUAAAUUUAACCUUCCAC